UUUGAAUAUUAUACUCUCCAACUUUAUUAGUAUCACCUACCAAAAUAAGGUUAUUUCUAUUAGUACCUACCAUAAUUUCAGAAGGGUUUUAACUAAAAAAAAAAAGCAACUUUUUAUUCUCCUUCUCAGCCACCCACCAAACUCUCCAAAUUUUGUUUCUUUGAUUGAUUUUCAACUUUGUUCUUGUGUAUUGAUCAAUAAAGUUUUGAUCUUUGGAAAUAAUGAUGAUUACUAGUUUUAAACAACCCACAAUUUCUUUCACAAAUCCUGAUGUUUUGAGGCAAAAAUCUCAUAUACCCACAUCAAAAUUUGCAAAUUUUUCCCCAAUAAUUAGUCGAAAAUCCGAUCUUUUGAUCCAAAAACCCCUUCAAAUUUCAACUGCUAAUAAUAAAGUUCAAGGUUUGGGUUUUACUAAUAAUUUUGGGUUGUUAAGAGAAAGAAAAUCUCUGAUCAAGUGUGAAGCUUAUGAGGCAGAUCGAUCUGAAAGCCCAGAAGUUGAAGUUCCUGGUGAAGCUGCUAGAAAGGUUAAAAUUGGAAUUUACUUUGCAACAUGGUGGGCUUUAAAUGUGGUGUUUAAUAUUUAUAAUAAGAAGGUUUUGAAUGCCUUCCCUUAUCCUUGGUUAACCUCAACUUUGUCCCUUGCAAUGGGAUCUUUGAUCAUGUUGGUGUCUUGGGGUACAAGAAUUGCUGAGGCUCCUUCUACUGAUAUUGAUUUUUGGAAGGCCCUUUUACCUGUUGCUGUGGCACAUACAAUUGGGCAUGUCGCCGCUACUGUCAGCAUGUCAAAGGUUGCGGUUUCGUUUACACACAUUAUCAAGAGUGCUGAGCCUGCUUUCAGUGUGCUAGUCUCAAGUCUCUUGUUGGGCGAGUCCUUUCCACCAGGAGUGUACUUGUCACUGCUUCCCAUCAUUGGAGGUUGUGGGCUUGCAGCUGUCACUGAGCUUAACUUCAAUAUGAUCGGUUUCAUGGGUGCGAUGAUAUCAAAUCUGGCUUUUGUCUUCCGCAACAUAUUUUCAAAGAAAGGCAUGAAAGGGAAGUCUGUGAGUGGGAUGAACUACUACGCUUGUCUAUCAAUACUAUCUCUUGUACUUCUCACCCCUUUUGCAAUCGCUGUGGAGGGCCCCCAAGUGUGGGCAGCUGGAUGGGAAACGGCUAUCUCUCAAAUUGGACCCAACUUUGUUUGGUGGUUGGCUGCACAAAGUGUGUUUUAUCAUCUCUACAACCAGGUGUCAUACAUGUCACUGGAUGAAAUCUCUCCGUUGACAUUUAGCAUAGGGAACACAAUGAAGCGUAUAUCUGUGAUUGUUUCCUCCAUCCUUAUAUUCCGAACACCUGUCCAGCCUGUAAAUGCACUUGGAGCUGCCAUUGCUGUCCUCGGGACCUUCUUUUAUUCUCAGGCAAAGCAAUAAUAAGGAUCGGAGAUUCAAUCCGAGCGGGAUGUAAAGCAUGUUCUAUGAGUUAACAAGGGCAAUGUGGUGGUGGUGGUGGUGUGGAAGUUGAAUCUUUUCCUUCCAUUUCAACAAGUAUAUUAUGGCCACUGGAUUUUGAUAAGGUUGGAAUGGCAUAGUUGGGAUUAUGUUGUAGAUAGAAAUAGUACUACUUUGUUAGAUUUUUAUAAUAAUCAUAAGAAAACAAGACAAUUACGUCCUUAGCUUGGGGACGAGGCGGAUGAUUUUAUCUGCUUUCACGUGGCCCAUGAAGAAAUCUUUCAAGUUUCAAAUAAAACAAGUGUGUAAACUUUGUCUUUUGGUGCAUAAAAAUGCCAGUGUAACAUUUUAUUGUCA